CCUGUAUUGAUGGAUCAGAAUUAUAAAGUUUAUAUUUUUUUUUAGAAUGAACUGGAGUCCACAAGUUUUCGUCAUCACUAGAGCUCUCAACAUCUGACAUUUUCAAUAUUAAUUAUAUUUUUGUUUGUAGAAUUUUAAAAACCCAACUGCAAAUUUUUACACAGAGUAAAAAAUGUGUGUAUAUGCGCAUGCGUGAUUUAAUCAGAUUUUUCGAAUCACACCAGCGCCAUCGAUCCACGGCGUUCUUUCGAUUAACUAUCAAUAGUGCGGGUAUUGACUAUAGUCCAUGGAGGAUAGAGAUACCUCUACCCCUCUACCUUCCAUAGUACAGUCAUACAAGAGACAGCCAUUUUGUAUAGGGGUCAUAUUACAUGUCCACGUGGGAUGUGAAUCUCGAUGCAAGUUUUCGAUAGAAUGUUCUCGAGUUUGUUGAAAGCGUCGUAGUAAUAUCAUACAUGCUUUUAUUCAAACGUGUCUUGUGCUCACCAAACUUUUCUGUCCUGGUUUAAUUUAAUUUGUGCCUUUGAUACAGAUUUGUAAUUUAUUUAAUUACAACGUAUUAGUGAAAUAAACGAAAAAAAAAUUUAAGGAUUAGAGUGUUGAAAACAUGUUUAUUAUUAAAUGUAAAAGAGAUAACUCGUACAGUAAAGUGGCUGACAAAAAUGUUAUUUAUGAUUCUUCUCACCCUCCAGAAGAAGGAGACGAAGUAUUUUUUACCUAUAAUAAUUUGAAAGAAAUGGGACUGGUAAUAACUUGGUCUGAUGACAUGGAUGUCAUUGACAAAAAAUUUGACAAGAUAAAAAAUAAGUUAAAAAAACGAGAAUUCUCUGAUGAUGAAGGAGAUAAUGAGACUGUUGUUACACCAAAACGUAUAAGGAAAGUAAAUCACAAGUAUUCAUCGGACUCUUAUGAGAAUCUUAGUUUUUUCCAGCCUUAUAAGCCCAUUGAUGACACGAAGAAAGAUUCGAAGACAAGACAAAAAGGGAAGAAAGACGAUAAAAGUCAGCAAAAUUCUGUUAAAAAAAACAAAGGAGUAAAGGAUUCUUCAAAAAUUAAGAAUGAGGGGAAUGACCACAUUCAGUCUUUCAUUGAGAAUCAUAUCUUUGAAAAAAAUUUAAUUGAUGAUUCGCCAAGUCAGUCCAAAGAGGAUUUAAUGACGAAACUCGAAAAGGCUGGAAAAAAACUUGCUCUCACUGAAGAAUCCAACGUGACAGCAUCACCGAAAUCCCAGCCUUUGAUUGGGAAAAAAUCGCUGGGAAAUAAUGGCAAAUCUACUAGUGUAAACGAUUCGCGUACAGAGUCUGAAGAUACAUCAGAUGGAAGUGUCUCCGACUUUGAUGAUUCCGACAUUGAUGAAGAUAGCUUAUUGGGAGGCAAAAACUAUUCUCCUGACGAAAAAAUUGAUGGUGAGGAAAAUGUCCAAAUUGAUCCUAAAGAAACUGAAACUGAUGAGUCCAAGGUCAAAAGGGAUAAAGAUGUUGAAGAUGAUGAUCUUUUCGGAAAAAAUUGGCCCGAAGAAAAAAUGGUUAAAUUGAUGAAGCAAGUCUAUUGUAAACAAUCUGUGUUUGAUUUGGCUAAAUCGUUGUCAAGCCAGGCUAGUCAUGUUGCCCGAAGAUUAAUUACUGGUGUCAUUAAACCUUCAGGCUACAUGGACUCAACUUUUACGGGACAAGCUCCCCGUGCUCACAAACCACUUGGACAACAAGAACCACUCAAAGUUAAACCUCUCAAUGAAAUCGCUAAAAAUGAAAUCAUUGAUUUCGCACUAGCAUGCGCUGAACAAAAAGGUUGGAAAAACAGGAAAGGUGUUGCUCAAACCAGAUGUGAAGUUGAGAGAGCUAUGUCCCAACGUAUUGGUGAGCUAAAAAGAUGUAAUAAUGAAAACACUAAGGUGCUAAACAAGCCUAAUGAACCAUAGCUGUAUAAACAUUUUCCACAUUUCAGUAUUUCAUAUUUUAUUACAGACAUAACUAAUAGGAAUUUAAAAUAUAAAUUUAUAUUGUUAUUUCUUACCAUUUUUGAAAGUUUAAUCAUAUGUUAUUAAAUUUGUACCACGUAGAUUACACACAUGAAAGUAUUAUAUAAAAUAAUGUAAUUGUUUUAUUGCGUUCAGUAUUAAGAAUAUGUACAAUGAAAGAAAUUUGCUUUAACUGCUUGAGGUGUCAGAUUAUAAUGAGUCAUCUCGUGA